CCUGUGAAUCCGAAUCCGAAUCCCCCUGCUUUACCACGCCGGGUUCUCGAUUCCACGCGUCAUCCUGUCGAUUUGUCUGCUCGUGCCUUGGCCUCGACGGAUUCCCAUCGAAGAGCUUCCCCGCACUUCGCGCCCUCGAUCGAAGAAACGAUGCCUAGCCUCGCGGUGUUACCGUCCGGGUAGACUAUAAAAAAAAAAGAAAGAAAACAACAAAAGGAUACGCGGGAGACGUUCGGUGGUCUUUUCUGCUGGAGCCAUGGAGGCCGACUGGGAUGAGUUGUCGCGUAUCCCUGUGCCGCCGCCGAAUCCGCACGGGUUGCCUACCAUCGCGACGACUUUGGCGUUUGAUGAUGUGCAGGAGUUGCUGUGGGUGGGGAAUGAAUAUGGCCGGAUCGUUUCGUUCUACGGACCGGAGCUGCAGCGGUACACGUCUGUCAGGGCCCAUCCUGCGGCCGAGGGCCCCGUACGGCAGAUUCUAUUUCAUGAGAGGGGGGUGAUCUCGUUGUCGUCGCGGAGUGUGCAUAUGAUUACGCGGCGGGGGCUGACGCAAUGGCAUAUCGCUCACGAGGAGAUGGUGGACCUGCGCUGCAUGAGUUUCACGGCGCAGACGAACCGGAUCCUCGCCGCGGGCUGCCAGAAAGUCAUGUUUACCAUCGACAUUGAUAAAGGGGUGAUUGUGGACAAGCUGCCGACGGAGCAUCACUACACGAUCAUGAAGCGGAGCCGGUAUCUGUGCGCCGCGACGGACACGGGCUCCGUCAACGCGCUGAGCAUGGCGGAUUUCAGCGUCGUCAAGUCGUGGAAGGCCCAUGGCACCGCCGUCAACGAUAUGGAUGCCCGGAAUGACUUCCUCGUCACCUGUGGCUUUUCGGUCCGGCAUCUGGGCUCGCCCAUCGUCGACCCCUUGGCCAACGUCUACGACCUCAAGACCCUGUCUCCAUUGCCGCCCAUUCCGUUCCAUGCCGGAGCGGCGUACGUCCGCAUGCAUCCGAAGCUCCAUACGACGAGCUUUGUAGCCUCUCAGACGGGCCAGCUCCAGGUCGUCGAUCUGAUGAACCCCAACGCCAUCAACCUGCGCCAGGCGAACGUGGGCUUCAUGCUUGGUAUCGACAUCUCCCCCUCCGGCGAAGCCCUGGCGAUCAAUGACGCCGAGUGUGCCGUUCACCUGUGGGGGUCGCCUGCAAAGAUUCAUUUCAAUGAGAUGAGCAAGGAGACGGAAUUCGCCGACGUGGCUCCCCGCCCGCCCCCGCUGGACUGGACCCCUGAGACGCCGUUGAACAUGAUCGGCAUGCCCUAUUAUCACGAGCGUCUGUUUUCGGCAUGGCCCAGCCACCUGCUCUUCGAUAUCGGCAGCCCGCCCCCGCUGAUCGAUCAGUCUCUGCUGCCGUAUCUGCGUCCCGCGGAAGUCGGCCAUUACGCGCCCAACCCGAAGAAAGUCCGCCGCUAUCAGGUCGAGAACACCCGGGCCCUGGCUUCGGCAGAAUCAGCGCUCGUCGCCCCCAAGUUUCUCAGCGAGAAGGCUCGCGAACAGAGCAAAUCCAAGUCGGACGGAUCCAUCGGUGACACGAUCGAUGCGCUGGCAAGUACCAAAAUCAAUGGGGAGGCAGACGACGAUCCUCUCCUCAAAUAUAGCAAUGUCGAAAUCAAGUAUAGCAGGUUUGGCGUCGAUGAUUUUGACUUUCGAUUCUACAACCAGACGGCCUUUUCUGGCCUCGAAACCCACAUUGCGAAUUCCUUCACCAACUCCCUUCUACAACUGUUCAAGUUCAUUCCACUCAUGAGCAAUCUCGCGCUUCAUCACACCGCAGGCACAUGUAUCUUUGAGAAUUGUCUGCUUUGCGAACUGGGCUAUCUGUUCGAUAUGCUAGAUAAGGCCAAUGGCCAGAACUGUCAGGCAACCAACCUGCUCAAGACGUUCAGCAACUUCCGCGAAGCGUCCAGCUUGGAGCUGCUCGAGGAGAACCUCACCAACAAAUCUCUUGCCACCGCCAUCCAAGCAGUGAACCGAUUCUUCCUCACCCAGAUAUCGCACGACUACCGAAUGAUCCAACCGAGCGCGGACGACCUGGACCAGACCCUCUCGACAGUGGCCUUGGAAUCCAUCCGCUGUAUGUUCUGCCAGAACAAGACCGUGCGGCCGUUCAACUCGUUGGUCAAUGAUAUGAUCUACCCAAACCUGGACAUCAAACAGGCGCGCCGGAACCCGGCCUUCCGUUUCUCCAAUAUCCUCCGCGCAAGCAUCGAGCACGAGAGGCAAAACCGAGGCUGGUGCAAUCAAUGUCGCCGGUACCAGCAGGUUACAAUCCGGAGGUCCAUCCAUCACAUGCCGCAUGUUCUGAUCCUAAACACCCUCCUGAACAGUCCCGUCUACCGCCGGCUGUGGGCUGUCCCAGGAUGGUUACCCGAGGAGGUCGGGAUUCUCAUUGAGAACGGACAAGUGGUUUGCUUCGAGGGCGAUGAUCUCAAGAUGCGUGUCCAGAGUAACAACACCCCGGGCCUCCUGGUGUAUGAGCUGGUCGGGUUUGUCUGCGAGAUCGAUAUCCCGGAGCACCAGAAACCGCAUCUCGUCUCCUUCAUCAACGUGUCUGUGUCGGCACGUCAGCCCGACCCGACCAACAGAUGGCAUCUAUUCAACGACUUCCUCGUCACCGAGGUCGACAAGGAGGAAGCCCUCAAAUUCAGUCAGCCGUGGAAGCUCCCUUGCGUAUUAGCUUUUCAGGCCAAGGAAGCUCGUCAUGCGGUGGAUGACUCCUGGAAAGACGCUCUUGACACUACCCUGCUGUUUCGAGAGUGGUCGAUGAAUGGUGGUCCUACCAAUCCAUCAUGUCAGACUCUCGACAGCAAAGAACGGCCUGAACCCGGCACACCCGUCGCUCUAGAUACCGAGUUUGUUGAUCUUGAAAAGGCCGAGAUCGACGUCAAAGCCGAUGGCUCCCAGGAGAUUGUACGCCCGAGCAAAAGCGGCCUCGCGCGGGUGUCUGUCCUCCGCGGCUCCGGCCUCAGCGAGGGCGUCCCCUUCAUCGACGACUAUAUCACCAUCAAGGAGGCGAUUGUCGAUUACGUUACGCAGUAUUCCGGCAUCAAGCCCGGGGAUCUGGACCCCCGAACCAGCCACCAUAACCUCGUCCCCCUCAAGGUGGCCUACAAGAAGCUCUGGCUGCUUCUGAAUCUAGGCUGCGUGUUUGUCGGACACGGGCUGGCGUCUGAUUUCCGCAAGAUCAACAUCCAAGUCCCCAAGUCCCAGACUGUGGACACGCAAUACCUCUUCUUCCACCCGAGCAAGAACCGCCGGCUCAGCCUGCGGUAUCUGGCGUGGGCGGUGUUCAAGGAAUACAUCCAGGAGGAACCGACGGACGACGUCCAGGGCCACGACUCCAUCGAGGACGCCCGCAUGGCCCUGCGCCUGUGGAAGAAGUUCCAGGAGUACGAGGACGCGGGCAUCGUCACGCAGAUGCUCGAGGAGAUCUUCCGCGAAGGAUCCAGGCUGGCUUUCCGGCCCCCCCCGCGGAAUGGCACCGCCACCGUCCUGUCGCGCCCGGGCACCGCCGUCACGAUGCAGAACAGCGGCACCAACAACACCACCACCAACCCCAGUGGUCGCAAUACCCCCAGCACCCCGGACGUCGGGGGUGGCACCGCCAGCACUGCCAGCGCGCCCACCACCCCGCGCCAGGGCUUCCGACGCUCGAUCGCCUUGACGCCCAGCAACGGCAGCUUUGCCGGGCCUGGCACGGGGGAUUUCUUCGGCGGGAGUCCCUUGAGAUAAGACUUGCUCAGCAAGCCUCUCUGGCUGCUCUAUUUGUCGGUUUAUAUAGUUGACUUUUUGGCGCUUGACGAGUCAUGCUAGAGUAUUAUGAAUAGAUUCUUCAUUUCAG